UCUAAUGCCCGCUUUUGCUUCUACUACUUCUGGUUAUGGCAGGUCCUACCCGCUAUGUAUAUGUAUCUGGGUUUCUUGGUUCUGACCUUUCAUUCAUUCUCUUAAUUUGAUGGGGUUUGAACCAAACCCAUCUCAUCUCUUAUUCUCUCCUCUUGGCGACGUGCUCUUUUCUUGAUUUCUAUGGGUUCUUUUUCGCCAAGUAUUGGGCUUUGGUUCCUUGUUGGGUUUCGUAUUAUUUCUCUCUCCCCGCUGUAAAAGGUGGUAGGUUGGUGGGUUUGACUUAUUAUCCGAGUUGGGAGAGUGGAAAUUCGCUGGAUUAGGCGUUUCUCUUCAAGUCCCUGAAAUUCCAAAUCUGUUUUAUCGGGAUGAAUUAAUGUUUGGGGCUGCUUUACGCAAAUUAUUGGCCACCCGUCAAUUCAUAGAAAUAUCAGGAUAUAUAGAACAUGGUGAGCAUACGAAGGCGCAAACUUAUGGGACUAUGCUCGGGGCGUAGUUCUUUCUUGUCCCCGCUUCCAAGGUUUAGUGACAAUGGAAAUGCUCCUGAAAAUCCUGUCCAGAACACUAAGUUAGUCAGUGUUCAUCCCAUCCCUUCAGUUGAUGCUGAGCAGAAGACAAUUUUGAAAGUCAGUACUGGGUCAUCACAUGCAUCUAGUUCUACCAUCACAAAAGAGCAGCAUACUCAACUACAUCCAGUGCCAGAAGUCAAACGCAGAAAGCGACACCGGAGAAAGCAUUUUGAGAACCAAGAACCAUGUCUCAUGAGGGGUGUCUAUUUCAAGAAUAUGAAAUGGCAGGCAGCAAUAAAAGUUGACAAGAAACAAAUUCACUUGGGGACUGUUGGGUCUCAAGAAGAAGCUGCUCGCUUGUAUGACAGAGCUGCUUUCAUGUGUGGGAGGGAACCCAACUUUGAACUAUCAGAGGAGGAGAAGCAAGAGCUGAGGAAAUUCAAGUGGGAUGAGUUCUUAGCAGUGACUCGUUCCUCAAUUACUAAUAAGAAACACCGGAGAAGGGGUAGCGUAAGUUCCCGAAGAAAGUCUGAGCCUCCAAUACAGAACUACGACUACGAAGGUGAGCCAGGAGCAAAUGGUUUCUCGGCUUCAGAAGAUGCGGAGCCAGAUACAUCAGCCUCUUGAAAUUUUUGGUUCAGGAACACCAGCUGAAAGCUUCUAUGAAUGCCCAAAAUCCAGCCUCUAUCUACAUCUAGUCCUCUCUACUCCUUAGUCUUGAUGGGCAUAUGAAAGCCCCUAUCAGGGCAGAUCAUACUGGACUUAUACAUUCAUCAGAAGAGAUUUUGUCUUGUCUUUACUAAGUUUGCUAUAUGUACACCAUUUUCAUAAACAUGCCAAGGAAGUUAUGGCCUUAUUCUUUUGUU